CCUUCGAUCGAGAGGGCUGGAACAGAUUAAGAUGUUUCAUGGCAAGUGUCCUAAUUAGACCAGCUAAAGUUGUACUUAUUUCAUCACUCAGAAGCGUUACAGUGAAGGCAGUAAGAAAGUUGCAUUCUAAUUUUGAGUUUCCCCGUGGCAAAAAAGAGAUGGAAGGACUUGAGAUAACAGAUAUGAAAGUAGUGCCUUGCGUUAACUCUCGCUUUAUCCAGCCGUCAAGAGUUGUCUUCAAACAGAAUGGUCAGGAAAGAAAAUGGGACUAUUUAACAGUACAUGAUAGUGUCUGUGCACUCCUGUUUAACACCACGCGACAGUCUUUCGUUCUUGUGAAGCAGUUUAGACCAGCUAUUUACAUGCAUGUCAACAGAAAUCUCCACAAGAAGGCAUUGACUGAUGGCAGUGCAGUUACCAUGACAGCAGAUGACUCAUCCCUACCAAUCACAGCUCCAUUCAGUGAAGGAGUCACUUAUGAACUCUGCGCUGGUAUCAUUGAUAAAAACAUGAGUCUUGCAGGUUUAAUGAAGCAGGAAAUCUUGGAAGAGUGUGGUUAUGACAUUCCAGAAGAAAACUUGCAGGAAGUUGUAUCAUUUCGAGGUGGGGUAGGAAGCACUGGUUCCCUACAGACAUUCUUCUAUGCAGAAGUGACUGAUGAAAUGAUUGUGAGUCAAGGUGGAGGAAAUCUUAAUGAAGGGGAAAGGAUAGAGGUGUUUUAUCUACCACUUGACAAGAGCAGAGAGUUUGUGUUUGAUGCAACCAAACAUAAACCAGCUGGGCUCAUGUUUGCAUUUAUGUGGUACUUCAAUAAGUUUAAUAUUUAAAAGGCCUUUAACCCUUAACCCUUUAACUCCCAGAUCAAAUUUGUAAUUCUCCUUACUGUCAAUCAUACAAUUCUUAUAAUGUUAGUUCAGAGAAUUUA